AUGGAUACUGGCACUGUUGAAAGUGGAGGAGCAGCUCCUGGUGGUAGUCAAGGCCCUCGUCCAUCAAACAAGCGACUGCAGCAAACGCAAGCUCAAGUAGAUGAAGUUGUUGGAAUAAUGAAGGUAAAUGUAGAAAAAGUUUUGGAGCGUGAUCAAAAGUUGUCUCAGUUGGACGAUCGUGCAGAUGCAUUGCAGGAGGGUGCUUCCCAAUUUGAAAAGUCGGCGGCUACACUGAAACGCAAGUAUUGGUGGAAGAAUAUCAAGAUGAUGAUCAUGCUUUCGGGGAUCGUAGUUAUUCUCAUCAUAAUCAUCGUGAUUUGGGCCAAGAAUUGA